GUUGUCCUCGCAGCUGCGACUGCACAGCUCGCGCUCAAAUGCCUAUGGACGUUGACAAUGUGAUUUUUUAACGAAUUCGUAUAUUAAACGUAACAAGAAAGUGAUGGUGCUUGAUGCGAGCCGCAUGACUCGUUCGUUUGUCCCGUGUACGGUCCCGAUUUGUGCGUGGUUUCCCGGUUUUUUAUUUUUUUGUUAGUCAGGGAUAUUUUUUUCCGUAAUUAUUCCGCUUCUUUGGAAUUUGUAUUUUGCGAAUUUCAAUAGAUAGCGACCAGUAAAGAUGUCGGUUUAUCCGCCGCAGAGCAUCACCAAAGCAAACGAACAUGGUUACAGUUGGUACGAAUGUAACUGCUGCCCAUAUGGGUACCACAUCGACCUGGACUUCGUGCGUUACUGCGAAUCGUUUAGCCAAAACGAAGCGGACAAAACUGGCUCGAUUCAAAGGCGGAAGGACCGCAGACGUCAGAGGCAGUCCAUGGAAGUCCUGCUCGGCAUCACGCCCACACCAUUGACCAACAUCGAGUCCUCAUAUAAGCCAAUCCAAGAGCAGGCUUCGCCUAAAAUCGUGGACCAAACGUCGAAGACUCUGUACGCCUUCAAUCUGGAUGGUUUCAACGACGCCGUCACCGAUUUCGAGAGGACGUUGCAACGAUCCAAGAACAAGAACAAACACAAUCUUCCCGAUGUCACGGCGGUGUCAGAGAACAUUAGGAGGGUGCCUUCGAAUUCUUCUAUGUCCUCCGUUUCGGGUUCGAGCAUGACCGUGCUUCAGACCACCAACGAACAUGAAAAACAGGACUUCGACACGGUGAGCAUUGAGUCUUAUGGGCUCAGUCCUUUGGCCCUGCAAAACAUCCGGGAACAAAUGGCACUUUCUUUGGAAAGGACCAAACAUUUGGAGGAUCAAGUCAAACUUAUACCUGAGUUGAAGGAACACAUUUUGCUAUUGAAAGAAGAAAAUCAAAAGCUUAAACUUAAGGCGGAAGAGAACCAGAGACUGAGCAACAAUGUUAAAGUGAACUACUUCAGCAACUACAACUUAAACAACAGGACCAGAUCGCAUUCGUUCACCACCGUAGACAACAUCGACAGCGUGGAGAGAAAGGAGCCGCCACCACCGCCGCCAAGGAAGGAUUUCGGCGUGAUGUGCGGCGUGUUGACCAGAAACAUCGGAGUCGGUCACCAGAACCCGAACACCAAAUCGGUGGCCACCACCACCUUGAACGGCACCGACUUUUCGGACAUAGAAAAUGCCAACGCGGACAAAUGGUUGCACGAAAAGGUGAAAUUUUUGAACCUCCAAAACGCGCCCAGAUCACCGGAGAAAAUCACCAUCUCCAAGGGCACCCAGACUAUAGUUUCGAAGGAGAAACGGGACGCCGGAACGCAAGCGGUGGAGCCUAAGCCCAGACUGUACAACAACUAUUCGCAGACGGUGGAGGCGCCCAAAUUCACCAGUAAUGUGGCUGUUAUGGUGUCGCCGGAGGCGCAGGACUUCAACCAACAGAAAAACGUGGACAGCUACACGGUGGGAUGCUCAGACGACACCAUAAGCGACGUGCUGUGUCCGAAAUGUUCGGUGAAGAAGGUGUCUUUGGCCGUUGGGCCUGAGAGCAACGAGGACUCGCACACCGGACCAAUGACCAUAUCUUUGGCCAAUCUGACCAUGCCCAGAAGUAAAUCCUUCAAUAUGGGUGAAGACAAACUAAACCUGACAACACGGAAGAGGACCGUGGCGUGCCAGUACGAAAGUUCCAGCAUGAACAGAGGUUGUCAGGCCACUCCAGUAAGUGCCUCCAAAUCCUGCCAGCACGAAACAAGGCUGGAGACGAAAACCAAACAGACGCAGUACGAACGAGCCAUUCCCUCCAACAAAACCACGGACACCAAAGACCUGACGCGUACACGCGAAGUCGGUUGCACCGCCGAGAUCACCGUUAUCAAGGACAGCGAGGAAGAUAAGGAGAAAACGUGCACCAAAUGUUUGAACAAAGAAAAGGAGGAGAGUCAAAAGAAGGACAGAAGCAGCAGUCCCACACCCUCGAGGAUACCCAGACCUCAAGUGCCCACCACCCCCGUCGAAGUCAGGAAGUUCAGGAGGCAGGACACCUACACCAAAAUUUACAACUCGCCAACCGAAAAGUCAGGCUCUUCCACCAAACUGUCUGGUCUAGACCUGUCGCCAAAAUCAGUGUCAAGUGAGACCAGCCCGUUAGACAAGGUAAAGCAAAACUUCAAAUUCCCCGAGGUCAAUACACCCGCUCAAAAUGGCUCAUCAACUUCAAUAACGAAAGUUCAAAUCCAAGAAACCACACUGCCCAUAUCGGAAAGCACGUCCUUCCAUUCAAUAUCGAACAUCAGAAACCGGAAGAAGGCGGAACCAAGCAAAGAAAUGCAAGGUGCAAUGAAGGUCCUCAACGACUCGCUAAUGAAGAACCCAUCGAAAAGCGUCAAGAACCCGAGUGCUAUUAAUAUAGUCCAGCAGGAGUGGUUCAAAAUCUCCAGCCUGGUGACGGCCAACCCCCUGGAUGUCGAAGAUUAUCUGGACGCCUUCGAAGACAUGUCCUCAAUUCUGCUUGAAUACGUCGUAAAUAUGACUGACGCCAGCGGUAACACUGCAAUGCACUACGCGGUGUCGCACGGCAAUUUCGACGUGGUUUCAAUUUUGCUCGACUCCAAGGUGUGUGAUAUUAAUAAGCCCAACAAUACGGGCUACACAAGCGUCAUGUUGGUGUCCCUUGCUAAGGUCAAAUCAGAAACUCACGCCAAUGUUGUCAGACGACUGUUCCAGCUUGCUGAUGUCAAUAUUCGUGCCAAACAGCAUGGACAAACCGCUUUGAUGCUGGCGGUGAGCCACGGACGCCUGGACAUGGUGACCAUGCUUCUGGAGGCGGGCGCCGACAUCAACAUACAAGACGAAGACGGCAGUACCGCCCUCAUGUGCGCCGCCGAGCAUGGCCACAUCGAAAUAGUUAAGCACUUCCUGAGCCAUCCCGACUGUGAUUCCAGCAUCACCGACGUGGACGGCAGUACUGCACUGAAAAUAGCCAUGGAGGCCGGCCACCGACACAUAGGGGUGCUGUUGUACGCGCACGAAAGGAACCACCAGAAAAACCACGGAAUCAAAUUGAAGAAGACGAAGUCGGCGAGUCCGAAGACUCCGUCGUCGCCCCUGCCCAUCAGAAGUAGCCACCGUGCCUUAACAGAUACUAAAACUACUCAAAAGUGAACUAACGAAGGUUACCGGUGUGUUAUUAUAUCGCUAAAAUGGAUCUAAUUGUUAACGUAGAUGUUUAGGGAUUACUUACCAACUAUAUUAUGGUUCGGCCAAGUCACCAUGUUUAUGUUCUUGUAAAUAACGUAUUAUAGAGUAUUUUUUGUUCAGUAUGAAAUCUACUUAACCGAUGGUGUUUUAAUAACAAUAUUGUUUGGGGAGCAAUUGGAAGCUGUAAAAAUUAUUGUUUUCAGUUCAGUUUUUGACAACAUUCAAAUGGGCUCCAAACAAGGCUAAAAGUAGAGUAGUUGCGGAAAAAUCGGUACAACAGUUAUAUUCCAAGUUGUGCCUUUGUUUCUGGCUCAAUGUAUAUUUGUUACCAUAAUGUUUAUGGUUUUACUUAACAUUUUUUUAUUUUAAUUUUUAUUUAUUGACAUACAUGUUUUUACACCAAAUAGUUCCAUCUCAAGUCAGGAGAAAUUAUUAUUUGAACAUAAAAAAUACCUAAAACAGAUUAGAAGGGACCAAAAUUAAUUUGUUUUAAAAUUAAAUCUUGGUGAUAAUUGUUGACUUUUAAAUAUUUUAAUUGCAUUCCACAAUUUGACUUGAAUUUUGUAGAACAUCUUUGU